AUGGCGAGUUUAGAUCAGAUGCAUGGAUCAGGCGUUGGGAACAGCGGCAUUCAUCAGUACGUUGUGCCAAGUACAAAGCUGCGAAUUGGUCUGAUGGAGCAAAGACCCUCAGCGCAGUUUGGUACAAAAAUGCAACAAUGCGACCAGUGUGCAUACAGCACGGAUCGUCCUGGACAUUUGACACAGCACCAGAGAACUCACACAGGAGAGAAACCCUUAAAGUGCACUUUGUGUGAAAAGUCAUUUGCAUGGCCAUCAGUUCUUCAGAGCCACCAGAGAACACACACGGGAGAGAAACCCUUCAGGUGCACUCUGUGCGGGAAGGCGUUUGCCGAGUCAUCACAUCUUAAACUACACCAGAGAACACACACGGGAGAGAAACCCUUCAAGUGCAGUGUGUGUGGGAAGGCAUUUUCAGAUUCAUCUGCUCUUAAAAAACACCGGAGAACACACACAGGAGAGAAACCCUUCAAGUGCAGUCUGUGCGGGAAGGUGUUUUCACAGUCAUCUGGUCUUGUAUUGCACCAGAGAACACACACGGGAGAGAAACCCUUCAAGUGCAGUCUGUGCGGGAAGGCGUUUGCAGUGUCAUCACAUCUUAAACAACACCAGAUAACACACACAAAAGAGAAACCUUUCAAGUGCACUGUCUGUGAGAAGUCAUUUGCAUGGUCAUCAGGUCUUAAUUGCCACCAGAGAACACACACGGGAGAGAAACCCUUCAAGUGCACUCUGUGCGGGAAGGCGUUUGCUGAGUCAUCGCAUCUUAAACUACAUCAGAGAACACACACGGGAGAGAAACCCUUCAGGUGCACUGUGUGCGGGAAAGCAUUUGCAGGUUUAUCAAAUCUUAACAGACACCAGAGGACAUACAAUCAUCAGAAGAUCCCCAAGGAGUGGAGUCUGAAAUCGGCUUGUGAAAGUCAAAGUGCUGCAAUGAGCCCAUCCCUCAUGAAACCAGAACUAAAUCCCAGCAUGGACACUUUUAAAGGUAUCAAGAUAACACACACAAAAGAGAAACCUUUCAAGUGCACUGUCUGUGAGAAGUCAUUUGCAUGGUCAUCAGGUCUUAAUUGCCACCAGAGAACACACCGGGAGAGAAACCCUUCAGGUGCACUAAAAUUUGUGGAAGAGCUCUUUGCAUCUCAAGAACAGAUUGAAGUUGCCGUUCGCACCAUGAUCCUGAAGGCAAAGCAGUCCAUGGCGGAAAUCUUCUUUUGUGUUGGCAAGCCUGUUGCUAGGUCCGUUUGGCGAAGUCGGAAAAUUGUAGCCAUCAUCACCUUGCCAGAAAAUCAGUAG